AUGAUUUCCUUAACUGAUGUUUAUCAUGUUGUGACAGCCACUGUCCCAUUGUAUGUGACCAUGAUACUAGCUUACAUCUCUGUUAAAUGGUGGAAGCUCUUCACACCAGAUCAAUGUGCAGGCAUAAAUAAAUUUGUGGCCAAUUUCUCAGUUCCACUGUUGUCAUUUCAAAUGAUUUCUUCCAACAACAUCUAUAAAAUGAGCCUGAAACUCAUAUAUGCAGACUUUUUUCAGAAAUUGCUUGCAUUUCUAGCCUUGACAGCAAUCAUUAAGAUCAGUGCCAAAGGAGGUUUAAAGUGGAUCAUAACUGGUCUCUCAUUAUCAACACUUCCUAACACUUUGAUCCUUGGAAUUCCACUCAUGAGGGCUAUGUAUAAGGAUGAAGCUGAUGUUCUCCUUCCCCAGGUUAUUUUCUUGCAAAGCAUGAUCUGGUACAAUUUGCUGUUAUUUCUUCAUGAACUUGAUGCUGCAAUUCCUGCAAGGACCAUGCCUGCUGCACCACCAUCACAAGGCACAGGAGAAAUGGAGACUUCUCAGGAAGUACAAUCAAAAGAAGAAGAGGAAGAAGCAGAACAUAGAUUGGAGAGGAAAAUGAGGAUUUUGCUCAUUCUCAUGACAGUGGGAAAGAAGUUAAUCAGAAAUCCUAAUACCUAUGCAACUUUCAUAGGUCUUAUUUGGGCAUGCAUACACUUCAGGUGGGGAGUGCAUAUGCCAGAAGUUGUUAAUCAGUCAAUAUCAAUAUUGUCCAAUGGAGGUCUAGGUAUGGCAAUGUUCAGCUUAGGUCUAUUUAUGGCAUCAAACUCUAGCAUUAUAUCAUGUGGACCAAGGAUGACAAUGAUGGCAAUAGCACUGAAAUUUCUUAUUGGACCUGCCCUAAUGGCUGUAGCCUCCAUUGUGAUUGGAUUAAGAGAUACAAUGCUCAAAGUGGCAAUUGUUCAGGCAGCUCUACCCCAAGGAAUUGUUCCUUUUGUUUUUGCAAGAGAGUAUAAUGUUCACCCAGCCAUUUUAAGCACUGGGGUCUUACUAGGAAUGCUCAUUGCCUUGCCAGUGGCAUUGACCUACUAUAUCCUCUUGGCACUCUGA